AUGGCACAGAUUACUUUGAUUACCUUGUUCAAAGAAUUAGCCCUACUCAGUGAGCUCGGAGAGGCUGAUGCAGCAUUGUAUGCUAAAUUGGAUAAGAUUAUGCAGGAGAUGUCGGUAGUGAUGAUGUCAAUUGAUGAGUGUCAGAAGACCCUUGCUGAUAAGAGGGCCAGAGUCGAAGCCUGGCAAAGAGAGGAGCUUAAACUGAAAGCUGAGUUUGAUAAGCUCCUAGAUGAGAAUGAUGCUCAUCAAUUCUCCAAUGCUCUUAUCAAGAUAUAUCGUCGUAAGAUAAAGAGUAAGGAAAGGAGGUCGAAGAGGGAUGGUGAACACGAUGAUGAUAGUAGUCUAGAUUCUGACAUCAACUCUGCUGCUGAUAGUGAUAGUGAUGAUGAUGAAGACGAUAAUGAGGAGGCUGAUGUGUGCCCAUCAGGCUGUGACUCGGCUGUCUAUGAUGGGGUUCUUGAAUUGCGGAAUAGAAGGCUUGAUAUGGAAGAGGCAUUGGGGGAAAUACAGAAGAUUGUAGAGGAGUCUAAGAAGAUCCACACCAGGCUAUUACAGAAGGAGAAAACAUUGAAUAAGGAUCAGACAUUGGCUGAGGAGAAAAUACAACACUUCCAAGCCAAUAAGCAACAGAAGCUAAACCAACUACAUAGAAUACUGUCGCUGAAACUAUCACAGAUUAAGUGCAUAUCCGUGGUUGAUGAGGAUAAUGUGGAGUCACCAGGCCUCGGUCAGUAUGCCCUACUGUCUGGUCAGACAAUCCGCCUACCAGAGAGCCUUGAUGAGGAGGGUCAGGUAGUGUUCACUAACACAGCACUGGAGAGGUUAAGGCAACGUAUUGUUGAUCUACAUCGAGAGAAGGCCGAGAUCAGGAGGCAAUAUCGUAAUUUAAAGAUGAUGUAUGGUGCUAGGAUGAGGGAGAAUAAGAAG